GAUUGGUAGUUAGGGCGUGGCACGCCCACAUGUGACGUCACUAUUUACCCAGAAAACGGCAGGUAACACCGCCACUGAGCAGUUCAUUCGUUCCAACGUCGAGCGUAGCCGAAGGGCUAAUUUCAAGGUGUUCAAGUCCUCAAGAAGUGCUCACAAACUUAAGAUGUUCGUCCGAGACGGGCCAAGAAACGCACUUAGCCAGUGGACCUGUAUGCUGGUGUUGCUGUUUGUAUUUGGGGCGUACUACGGUGUAACAGGAUGUUCGGAAGCAGACUACGUCAGUUUCAACGGAAUUUGCUACAAGGACUUUGCCGAGGAAAAAACCUACGAAGAGGCCAGACAGACAUGUGCCAGGGACGGUGGACUGCUAGCCAUGCCGAAAGACGACGCCAUCAACACCUUUAUCCACGAUCUGUCUGGUGGUGCUAUACGUUGGAUUGGGUUAAAUGACAUCAACAACGAAGGCCAGUUUGUGUUUGAGGACGGCCAAACCCUGGAGGAAGCCAGCUACAGCAACUGGAAACGCGGGGAGCCGAACGAUCUUGGGCGUCGCGGCGAGGACUGUGCACAAAUCUAUACUUCCGAACACGCCUGGAAUGAUGCACCUUGUGACCGUACCUGGGGAUUUAUCUGUCAACUGGGUACUGAAGUUGGUCGAGCGUGCGAAAGAGAAUGGCUGACGAUCACAUGUGCCGAAGGAGGAACUAUCCUUGUUUCACACGCAAACUAUGGGCGCACCUCAUCCACAUACUGUACUGAGGGCCCCCGCGUUACCGACACCGACUGUACCUCCGAAACCAGUCAAGAUAUAGUUUCUGAAACGUGUAAUGGGGAAACGCAUUGCUCCAUACUGGCGUCUAACUCGGUGUUCGGCGAUCCCUGUGUGGGCACGCACAAGUACCUGGAAGUGGGGUACAGCUGCGUACAACCGGGAAAUACAACAGCUACAACGGUGCAGAUGACUGUAACAACCAUGGAUACACAAGGCUACUGUCCGGAGGCCGUUGUUGAGACGGAGACCGAACCGGUUGUCUUCCCGCGUACUGAGGGCGGAGAUUUCUCAUACUCCGUAGAACGCUGCCCCUCUUUCCCAGGCAAGUAA